CGGAAGAGCGCUGUUAGCAUUCGGCUAAAAACAUAAGCAGCUCCGCUGGAAGAUUGAUCAAAAAUCACCUCAGUCGGACUCUGAUCGAUUACAGGUGAAUGAUCGAGGAUCAGCACACGACUGCAGACUCCCGUCGAUUGGAAAACACGCGAUGGAUCACAGUAAAAUGGUUGCUGGAAAAGUGAAGAAACCCGGUAAACGCGGCCGCAAACCUGCCAAGAUCGACCUGAAGGUCAAGCUGGAGAGAAGCCGGCAGAGCGCCAGAGAGUGUCGCGCCAGAAAGAAGCUGCGCUACCAGUAUCUGGAGGAGCUGGUGUCCAGUAAAGAGAGGGCCAUCUGUGCGCUGCGAGAGGAGCUGGACAUGUACAAGCAGUGGUGUCUGGCCAUGGACCAGGGGAAGAUCCCAUCCGAAAUCAAAGCCCUCCUGACCGGAGACGAGCAGAAAGCACCGCAGACCUCCACCAACAAGAUCCUCAAGAACGUCAAGUACAGCUCCAAGACGUCUUAGAAUCCGAUCCAGAAUCUCCAUUCACAGUGUUCAUCUCUAAUAAGCUUUUAUGACAACAUUACGAUUCAGACGGAGAGUUAUAUAUGUUUCACGUUCAGGUGUUUGUUGUGUGAUUCGGAAACAUUUCCACUUCCUUCUUUAUUUAUUUAUUCAUCACUCGUGAUGAAGGAUUCCAGCGUUCAUUUUUAUGAAGCGUGGAUUAAAAACAUAAACAAUAAAACAAGCUAAUUGCACCUUUUUGUUUCAUAACGCAGGCUACUGUCCUCACAAUUCAUAUUGUUUUUUUUUGUAAUUAAUGGGGGGGGGGGGGGAUGAUGAUUUCAAGUUUCUAACUAUUCGCAAUUUUGACAAGACAAGUUAAAAUUGUGAGAUAUUAACAUGCAAUUGUGAGGAAAAAAGUUGCAAUUAGCUUUUUAUUUAAUUAUUUUUGGGUGGAAACAGAAUUGCAACAUUUUAAAAUCUUUUAAAUUCCCAGUUUUUCUCAGAACUGAGAACAACUGAGUCACAGUUACCUUUUUUUAUUCCUGUAUCCCAUUGUAGAAACCAGCUUCGUCACUCCGAUGCUUCUUAGAAUGAGUUUAAUCCAUUAAAUCUUUAGACACAGAUGUUAUAAGACUCAACUGUUGCCAAAAUCUCUCCCUCGUCUCUUUGCACUUUACGACAUUUGAAAGAUUGCAACGCAUAGCACUUCCCUCUUCUCUUGUACAUAUAGUUUUAUGUGUUUUUUGUUGAUGGUGUAUUUAUUCCACUAAACUGAAUCUUAAAGCACUUUCCUUCAAAGCUCUAAUUUUUGUACUUUUAUUUGAUCUUUCUGCUUUAAUUGGCAGGUUUGCAAAAAACGAACUAAAAUUUCAGCACAGAUGAGUUACGAUCUGAAUGAAUGUAGAACUAUUUCAUGACCGUGAUCGGUUUAAACGCAGAUGUAGAAGAAGACACUCUUAUUGGCCUUCAGCUUGUUUCCUUCUGGCUGGCAUUAUCUAUGUUUAGAGCUCAAAUAUAUUUUUAUAUGGCGUGUAUAAUAUGUAGAUUGUAAUUUGUAGCAGGGUGAUGCUUAUUAAUGAUAAACGUCUUAUUAAAACAUGCACCUUUGCUCCAC